AUGUGUCAUAUGGAAAUCAUUGAAGGAGGUGAUUUAUUCAGCUAUUUGGAUUCCACAGUGAGGGGCGAGUCUUCCAUGAGCAAUCAUUCUCAUCAUCAUCAUCGGGUGAGGAGUAUGUGUCAUUGUGUGAGUGUGGAUUUAAAUAUGGGAGCAGGAAUUGCUACCAUAUUUAAAAGACGAUUUGGUCGAGUUCAAGAAUUAAAAGAUCAACAAGCACAAAUAGGACAAGUGGCAACUCUGUAUUUGCAUGAUGAAAAUAUGUAUAUUUAUUAUCUAGUUACAAAGGAAAGAUAUUUCCAUGUACCAACCUAUGACUCACUCAAAUCAAGUCUUGAGGCGAUGAAGACACACCUAUCACAACAUAAUGUCACUGAACUUGCCAUGCCCUUACUUGGAUGUGGACUUGAUCAGUUAGAAUGGGACAAGGUACAACCAAUGAUUAUGGAAUUAUUUAGUGACAUGCCUCAAUUGAAAAUUAUUGUUUACAAAUGGGAGAAGGGAAAUGAGGAAAUUAAAAAGAAUGCAAAGAAGAGUAACAGAAAAAUGAAUGACAAUACUAUAGAGUAG